AUGUCAACCGUGUCGCCGUGGAUGGCACAGGAAAAGAAGCGGUCGGUGACGCCGGUGCACGGCGUUGCUGCAAACGCGGCAGACGACGUGCGCUCACUCCCUGCUCAGAACCAGCUCCUCCUCGACCCGCAGUACAACGUCGAUCUUCUAACUUUUUCUCACAUCCGCGAGCGCAUGCGGCAGCAGCAGCAGCAGCAGACAGCCGCCAAGGCUGCUUGUUCCUCGCCAUCGCAGUCGACGGCAACGGAAGCACCUUCUCGCGCGCCACCCAAGGUGACGCCAGACGGCACCGCCGACCGCUUGCACGCGCCUGGACACGCCGCUGCUUCAGGAGCUACGGCGCCCUUGCUCCCUGACGAAGUACUCAGCGAGGAGGACAGUGACAGCUCUGAGUACGACCGGGGCCUCCCCAUGGACCUCGAGAAUGACCUCGGCUCUUUUUUGACCACCGCCGGUCGUGCCUUUGCACAGAUGAAGCGCAACCGCCAGAGCCUGAGCUCGCGCAAGGAUAAAUCGGCGGCGGACAUCGAAUCACUGCAUCCGCAGCAAGGCGAGGCAGCUACGAUCCACACUGCACCUUCCCCAGCAGCGGUAGCAGCAGCCUCGGGCACUGCCAUGGAGGCCGGUCAUGCUACUGGCGGCGACGGUGCACCUGCGGAGGCGCCUGUCAUGAUGAGUGAGACGCACCCGUCGCAGUGCAUGCGUCUCACGCAGGAGCCAACUGCGGUGCUGGAGCGGAGCAAGGAUGAGGACAUCGACGUCGACCCCUCCAUCAGCGACGCCGGCGUCGCCGGUCGUGUUGUCGUGCAGCGGAAGGAUAGCUUUGCGUCCUCUUCCGCAGCCUCGUCGUCGUCUGUCGCUGCGGGCCGCCGGGCAUCCGACGCCGCAGGGGAGAGCGAGGACGACUAUGUCGGGUUCGAGGGUGGCGGCGUGGCCGUGAUGGCGUUUCUCUACGAGCAGACGUGGAUGGCGUUGGUCGGCGGCGGGCCAACGCCGAUGGGAACUCCGCAAUGCGUGCAGUUCAUCCGUGACGGCGAGCUCCAGCACCACCUUCUGAUGCCAGACCCGGUGGUGCGCCUCUUCCUCGACGCGCGGCUGCUCUUUGUCGUCACCACGGCAGAACUACGGAUGUAUACCAACCCGAUAGAACGGGAGUGGACAUGUCUGCGGCAGUCACUGCCCUUGUCUGCCGCUGUGGCAAGUCGCUAUGCCUUUGUGGCGGCCACCGCUGACGGCGCCAACGCCCCAGUGCGCGUGUGGGAAAAGCUACCCGACUUCGGCACGUCGCCCAGCUCAGCAAGUGCGGCCACCGCAGCCGACGCAGCCGAGGGCGGCCUCCGUGUGACCUCGUUCGCAUCCUUAGCCAGCAGGCCCGGCGGUCAGAUUGGAGACCGUGGCACACGGACAGCUGCCGUCUCGCUGCCCGUGAUCCCGGUGGUGGUGGACUACGCACGAAGUCUAGUGCUGCUGCCGGCGGGAGAAGAAGGCAAGGGAUUUGCGCUGCACCGGUACGUCUCUGGGUCGGAGGUGCGCUACACAGACCCAGUCCGCAACGCAGGCAUGAGCAGCUCGGCAAGCGCGCCUGACACAGAGCGUGCAGCGGAGGCCCAAGCACAUCUCCUCACCGGCAGCACCGCCGUGACGACCGGCCGAACCACCUCUUUCCUGCACCACAUCGCCACUCAAGGAACUGCGCACCGUAACCCGCUCUACAAUCUCGCCCUGUACGUUGGCUGGCCCUCGUCGAUUGCGCGGCUGCUGUCGCGAGACACACAGGCUGGCGCAGGCGACCAGGUAGGCGGCUUGAGCAGUGGUGGGCUCGUGACCCUUGUCGCCGCGUCGAGCGAGUAUGCCACUCGCAUCACUCUUUGGAUGCUUCAGGGGUCGCAGCACGAGAUGGCGUCGCCGUACAAGGACUACCCUUCCUCCCCCUCCGCCGACUCCGCUGGAGCAGCGGCUUUUGUUCUCCUGCGCGAGUUUCGCGUUGGCGUACGCCUGGCCGCGCCUCAAGUCGUCAUGGCGUCUCUCCCAGGGGUCUCGCGAUACAUUGCACGCGGCCACGCAGCGCUGGCGGGAACUUCCGGCAGAGCCUGUAGUGGCGGUGCAGAGGCGGCGUCGUCUACCGGUGCAAUACUUCUGGCUAACGCGUCCUUGGCUGGAGAUACGGCGAGGUCGCACGGCACCGCGACGCCGGCGUCGGCCAGCGGGCUGUUUAUCGCCGCCUCCUCACCUCCGUCAUCAGCCUCGCACACGGGCACAAUGACCUCCUGGGCCACGGAGGCAGCCGCGGCUGUCGCAUCCUCUGCGACAGGACUGGCGGCCGUGCAUCAUCUGCAGUUUGUCGGCAACGGCGCCUACCUACUGUGCGUCCACGGCGCAGAUAUCAUCAGCAUCUUCUCGACCAGCGCACGCGAGACAGAGCAAGAGGCAAAGAACGUGUGCCGCGACCGCGUGGCGGCCGAGCAGAACCGCUACUCUCGUCUCUCCAUCGUGAAGGGGUACCUCCCUCAGGCGCUGUCGAGUCGGCUGGAAGCCUACACGCGUCAGGCAUGGUCCUCUUGCUCUGGUCGACUGCCUUCCGCCGACCCGACGUUCAUGCCGCGCUGGAUCUGUGCCCAGCGCCGAGAUAUGCCUGGUGCAGCGACCACCUCAACUGCGACUGUGUCCACUGCCGCGCCUACAUCCGUGAGCGCCUCCCAUGGCGCUAGCAGCCUCGGGGCCGUCACCGCCACCAUUGAAGGCAACAGCAGCCGCGGAAGGCAGCGUUUUUUCCAGCGCUUGACUUCGCUCGUGGGAUCUCGCCCGCCGGCCGCAGCGUCAGCGACUCUGCCGUCUGAGAGCGCAAAGACUGCCGGGCUUCCUGGUACGGAUGAGGACGAACCCAGCGCAAGUGUUCCGUCUAGAGGCACUAACCCCGCGAGCCGCUCGCUCUUCUCGCGCGCCACUGCAUCACGGAGAUUGAAGAGCUCUGGGGCACCGCUCACCUUUCCGACCUCCCCAUUUGGCGGGCAGCGACCACUCGCCGGGGGUGGUGUCUGGGGCACCCCGCUCACCGAGCUCCCGCAGUGCAUUCAGGUAUGGCCAUCAGCACCGCACGCUGGGACUGGCGCGUCGCACCCGUACACCGGCGCCGCUUCGACGGCGUCUUCGCCGAGGCGGCCGCCAAUCGUGUUGAACUGCGCGACGUGCGAGGGCGCCUUUGCGAGCAUUGUGCUGUUUGCCGAAGAAGGGGAGCUGCUGACGUCGCAGGUGGUACCGUAUGCCACCUUGUGA